AUGGACAAGAGUUGGAUGCAAAUCACUGAUAGAUUUGGAUCUAUGGAAUAUGCUAAAGGAGUGAAGGAGUUCCUUACCUUGGCCCAAACUUUAGCUGAGGGUGAGGAAAUUCGUUGCCCAUGUGUCAGAUGUUCAAAUAAUUACUUCCUACCAAUAACCCAGGUAGAGCGACACUUGUUUAUUAAAGGUAUUGACAAGAAUUACACGACAUGGAUUUUUCAUGGUGAACAAGAAGAUUUGAUCAUAAGUGAUGAUGAUGAUAAUGUACAUGAUCUUGAUGAAGAGGAUGACUUCAUUGAUGACGUUGAUGUUAUGUUACGAGAUAUUCGGGCUGGGGGAUUUCCUGAUGUUCCCAUAAGUGAUUCAUUCCAUGCUACGAGUUCCACAUCGGUCGAUACCUUUUCUGAUCGGACUUUCGACCAGCUGUUGGCUGAUUCCCGGCAUCCUCUUUAUGAAGGUUGUACAAAGUAUUCUAAACUAUCAUUCACUGUCAAGUUGCUGCACAUUAAAACACUUGGUGGUUGGAGUGUAAAGUCGUUCGACAUGCUUUUACACUUGUUGAAGUCAGCUUUUCCCAAUGCCCUUUUGCCAAAUUCAUAUCAAGAAUCACGUAACUUGGAAAAAGGGUUGGGCUUUACUUACACCAAGAUACAUGUUUGUCCGAAUGACUGCAUACUUUAUUGGAGGGAAAAUGUGGAUAAAGAUGAGUGCCCGAAAUGUAAACUUUCAAGGUGGAAGUUCAGCAACACUAAGAAGAGACGAAUUCCUCAAAAGGUUUUAAGACAUUUUCCGUUGAAGCCAAGGUUGCAGAGAUUGUUUAUGUCACAAAAAACAUCAGUUGAUAUGCGGUGGCACAAGGAUCAGCGUGUCAUUCAGCAAGAUAUUCUAAGUCAUCCUGCUGACUCUGAGGUGUGGACGACAUUUGAUCAAGAGCAUGCUUGGUUCGCAGAAGAUGCCUGA